CGGCUGUUAGAAUCCAUUUAGCGCUCGUAAUGCAACGUCUCUCUAUUCUCUUCCUGCUGAUUGGCACUGCAAUGCACAAUUAUGCUUUGAAGUUCAACGAGACCAUUGACGUGAAUAAGUUGGCCAAAAUAGUGAUGCCCAGGGCUUAUCAAACCCGCGUUGUUGGUGGCCGAGUGACCACCAACGCGAAGUUGGGCGGUUACCUAAUGGCAAUGCGCUACUACAACACUUUCAUCUGUGGCGGUGCCCUAAUCAGGGAACUAAUUGUUCUGACGGCGGCGCACUGUUUUGAGGAGCGAGACCUCAGCGAAGCCUGGAGUGUGGAUGGUGGCAUCUCGAGACUUAGCGACAAAGGCGUUCGCCGUCAAGUUAAGCGGAUCAUCAAGUCAAGCCAGUUUACAAUAUCCGCCAUGAGCAUGGACGUGGCUGUGUUGCUGCUGAAUCGGCCCAUGGUGGGAAGAAACAUCGCUACUAUAUCCUUGUGCUCUACGCCCUUGAUUCCGGGAAUGAUCCUGGUCGUUGCCGGCUGGGGAAUGACCCAAUCGGAUAGCGAUGGCCCGAGCCAUAUGCUGCGAUCGGUAUCAGUGCCUGUGAUUGAAAAAAAACUGUGCAGCGACGUGUAUCGGAAAUCAGUUUCCAUUACGGACAGCAUGUUUUGCGCCUCAGUUUUGGGAAAAAGGGAUGCUUGCACCUUCGAUUCAGGAGGUCCUUUGGUUUACAAUAAGCAAGUCUGCGGCAUUGUGUCUUUUGGGAUCGGUUGUGCCAGCAGAAAGUAUCCCGGUGUCUAUACAGAUGUUCAGUUCGUAAAACCUUUCAUUGAAAAAACCAUUAAUAUGUUGCUAUCCCGCUAAGCAGAGCACCGAAAUAAACAUUCUGCAUUAAGAAACUUCAA